AUGGACUCAAUGUUAGAUAAUGGUGAUGAUGAGUCAUUCAUUGUACUGGGUACAUCCCCUGGCUCCAGUUUGGACUUGAAGUGUGAAGGCAUAGUAAAUGGCCAUGGCUCCAUUGACAAGUUACAAAUUGAGGAUGCAAUGAAAGAUUUGCCUGCUGAAGCAAUGUCAUCAUUAAAAGCACAUUUCAAGCUUGGAGAUAGUCCAUCUCCAGCCAGCCUCAUGGCCGCUAGUACAAUAAUAACAAACGACAAGAGCACUGAAGAAUUACAAAAACGAUUCGGUGAGCUGCUCGACGAGAAUGUAAUCUUGAAAGAGACGUUAAAACAAAACAAUGACUCGAUGAAGGAACAAUUCCUCCUGAUAGCGUCAUGUCAGGAGGACAUGAUGAUGACACAUAUGCUGCAUAAGGAGAAGUUCGAUAAAAUUAAGGAGCUGGUGGAAAAGUUGCGUCAGGACAACAAGAAGCUGAAGCAGGACGUAGCGCGCAUGGCAGAGGUCGAGCCUCAAACGAACGCCGAUUCAAGCAAAUCGGGACCAAGCUCCUCCGUGGAAUUCGUCACGUCGCCUGACGAUGAUACCAUCAACAAGUUGACAGCACAGUUGGAGCUCAUCGAGAAACAGAGGCGACAAGUUAUAGUCGAAAACGAAAAGCUGACAUGGCAGAAGGAAUCGUUAGAGCACAUAGUGGAUGCGAUUACAAAGGAACGGGACGAUCUCAAGGAAAAAUUAGAAAAAGUAGAAUUACAACUUUCGAGCAAAGAUAGUGAGCACAGCAUCCAAAUUAGAAGUCUAAAUUCAAAUAUACAAGAGCUGCAGAAUCAAAUAGACGCUAUCAACAGUAUGUCGACUCUGUCGUCGGAGGAGAUGACGAAACGCGACUCGACGAUACGCCAGCUAGAAGCGAAAGUAGUCUAUCUACAGUCCGAGCUCAAGAACGCCCAACUCAAAGUCCUCAAUCACGAAAAUGUUAAGCUUGAAUACACAAGACAGAAGUCAGCGUUGUCCGACACGAUAAAGAUGUACAAAGACCAAAUUGAUGAGCUCAAAAACAAGUUGAAGGACACACAGACCAUUGCAUUCCAACCAGUGAGGGUGUCCAUAAGUCCAGAGCAAGAGGCGGGCUCCUCUAAUAGUCAGUUUGCCACAUUGGUCACCAAUAUCAAAUUGUACGACAAAACAUUGAAAUACUUAUCCGAUUAUCUGAAUGGACUCACCAAUGGGAUUGUAGAUAAUCUUGUCGAGACAAUAGGCGUAGUGGCCAGUCUAUACGAUUUCAAAUUAGAACGCGGCACGGUGGAGCAGUUCAAAUCUGGCCUCGGGGUAAUAAAACAGAAGCUGGAAAACCAGCACAGUAAUACAUUGAACAAUAUAGCUCACGUCAGAAGUGCGCUGUCAAUAUUUGACAGUAUAUUCAAAGAUCACAAGGAGUUGCUGCAGAAGACAACAAAUAAACCAGAAAAUGUGUCAAGCGAUCAGAACGUAGAGACGUUAACUGCGGCGCUGAUAGCUCGCGGUCACGAGUUGCAGACGCUGCAGUCCGAGUUGAAGCAACUGCGGCUAGACAGAGAGGACACUUUGGUGCUUAAAACACAGAUGGACUUGUACAAGACUGAUUUCGAAGCGGAGCGCGAGGCUCGAGAGAAAAUGGCGUCUGAAAAAGAAAAUAUCGCGGCAGAUCUGCGAGCCGCCCAGCGGAGGAUACAGGAACUAAUGACAAUGUUGGAGGAGGCACAUCAAAGUUCAGCGUCUGCUUGUGGUCCCUUCUCGGCAUCGUCGGCUUCCUCACGAACGCCCCGCGGCCGCACUACCAGCGUGGGCGUCUCGAGAACUCCUACUACACAAAAUACCAACAAUACUAGAACGGUAUACACUUGUCCUCAAUGCUUGAGAUACAAGAGCAAAGAUAUGCGCGAGAUCGAAGGGCAUCUAGACUUCUGCGCUGGCUUGGAUAACAACCCUUGCAACCCGAUGUAAUUCGCUGUAAGUAAAAUUGAAACCUGGCCGUAGGUAAUAAAGCUUAAAAUCGAUUGCAACACCAAUUGCAAAACAAUUAGUGUUUUGCCACUUACUUUUAAAUUUAAAAUAUACUUUGAAAGACAGAGAAGGAGAUACUUCGAUAGUUGUGGUAGAUUUAGUAGUUUUAAAAAAUUAUAUGGAUGUGAAUUGACUUUUAAAUUGUCGAUUAGUUUUAAAAUGUUAAAAAAUAUGAUGAACUACUAAUUUCUGUAUUUUAUACUUAUUAUAAUUUAUAUUAAAUGUUUAUUGAAUCAUUUACAUACAUUAUAUUCCAAAUACGAAGUCCUGUUAUAUAGAUAACGACGUUGUUUGUAGGUAUAGGUGAUAUAUAGGUACUGUUCCAAUAUCUAUAUAUUGGGCGUUUUUAUACAUUAGUGGCGGUCAUUACCCAUUUCGAUACUGUACCGGUUGUAUGUCUAAAUUAAUUUUGAUCGGGUUCUUCGACACUAAAUACUUCGACAAUAAAUAUUUUAUAAUAUACACUUAACAUAUUCGUUAUUGAACCAAUAUAUAGAUAUUAUAUAAAAUAUAUAGAUAUUGCUAUAUAUUAUCCACCCUUAGUUUUUCUGAUGUUUGAGAAAAAUAUUUUCUCAAUAUAUACUUUAUAAAUUUAGUGGUCAUUAAUAAAACGAAUAAACUAUAUUCAGAUUUUUUUUUAAUUUUUUUUUUCUAUUUAAUAAUGCAUCGCCUACUUAUUUCUCGGUUUGCCCAUUGGUCGACUGGUAGGUAGGUGAACACCGUCCGGUGUUAAGUCCGCAUUUUCAUAUAUAUUUUUGAUUACAUCACUAUAUAUAUAUAUAUAUAUAUACAUACACAUUAUGCAUUAAGGUUGGGAGGUGGGAAAUAUUGCAAUUUCCGCCUAAUGUACUUUUAUGUAAGUCUAAUUAAUUUUUUUAUUACAAAUAAUUUUGUAAGGUAGCUGAAAAAUACACUUAUAGUACAAAAGACCAAACCAUUAGUUUAGCUGUAUUAUUUUGUUUUGAAAAUUUAUUAAUAAACAUAUUACAAAAUAUUUAUUUAUUACGUAUCCUAACAUAUUUUGUUUAUACAAUUUUAUUUACGUCACUUCAACUCUUUUGUUUUUUCAAUUAGUUCUUCAUAUUUGGAAUAGAGUGUAGAUAAUUUGUUUUCGUCAGUAGUAUUGCCAUAUUUUCAAUACUAACAAAAGAAAUUAUUGUACUGUACUAUUAUAUUUAGGUCUUCUAAAUUGUUUUUAUCUCUGUCGUGUUUUGUUUAUUUUUUAAUUAAGUAAAUAACAGACAAAUAAGUAUGUGAUAUAAUGUAGUAGUGGAAUUUUCAACUUCCAUGUUUUUGCCUGUACAAGUAUUUGAACUGUCGUGUUUAGAUUAAAACUAGAAUGAACUAUUAGCUUUGAUGUAUUUUUAUAUGACAUAUUGAAUUAACGUUUCGUGUUGUAAAAUAUUACAUUUUUGACUAUUAAAUUACCUAUAUAAUAAUAUAAAUAUAUUUAUAUUACGAAUAGAUGCAACACGAGUAGAUUACAUAUAUUUUCUGUCAAAUUGUAUGGUGUUUGUCACGUGUGAAAAUCAUUUAUCAUUACUUUGUUAAAAGCCGUUAGUUCCUUUUUGAAAUGAAAUUUAUUUUGUUUAAGCCCUCUUUAAAGAAAUGUUGCAUUCAUUCUAUUAAAUUUAUCAUCAGAUAGAAGCGUUCCUCAUGUGCUAAGACAAGUGGAUAAAGAUUCGUCAAUUACUUUUUUGUAGAUGAAAUAUUAUAGAAACGUUAUGUAUAUUAUAUUAGGAAUGUUUGUUACAGUCAGUAAAUCAUCAAUAGUCAAACUAAUUCAAUUAACAAGAAAAUUGGUAAAUUUAUCAUAGGUUUUAUUUAAAACAUUACCAUAGUUAUAAUUUUUAAAUAAAGUGGACCGAGCAUGGAGCCUUGUAGAACUCCGUACUUUAUUAUUUUAAAAAGGAUAUUUUUUAAAAGUCAAGACAAGUUAUUGUAUUUAAUUAAUAAGUCGAUUACAUUCAAUAAUCGAAUAAAUUGCGAGAAUUCUUAAUUUAAAUGAUUGAUUCCGAAUAUUGUAGAUUUGUUCAUAUAAUAUAAUUUUUGCUUUUUUUUGUUUUAUCUUUAACAUUAGUGCCAUUUUAUAUUUAUUAAUAGUGUGUACUAAAAAUACCAAAAAUAAAAAGGUACCUACCUAUUUUUGUAAAUUUAUUAAUGUCAAAGUCAAAUAAAAUUCAUAGCAUUAUAUGUUGUCCAACAUUGUAUCGGGUAGUAAAUCACGAAUGUCUAAAUCAAUUGGAGAUAGUUUAUCUAUAGAGAUACUAAAACUUUGUCUAAGACUAGGGAGACUGUAUAAAAGUCGUUUGCUUGGACACCUCUGUUCCAUUCGUGUUUCAACCGUGAAACAGUUGUGUUUGCAUGGCUGUGUUUCGGUUUGAAGGGUGGGAUAUGGCGUGAAUUUACUGGGUACAGAGGAGUAACACCUGAGUCCUCAGGAAUGGCAACGCAUGGGGGGUAUCAUGGGCUAAACAGUAUACUCUGUUAUGUCAAUGGUACUGCUCAUGUCUAUAGGCGACGGUUACCACUUUCCAUCAGGUGGGCCGUCAGCUUGUUUGCCAUUCUAAGUUGCAUAAAAAAACCUUUUCAAUUUUCUUACCUAUACCUGUAAACCUCUCCUCUACAUACAGGAUAUAAU